UGUAUGUAUUAUCUGGUCCUGCAAAUGCCUUUCAGAGUCAGUAAAGUACAAUCUGCAGUGCAAUAUGUCUGACCAGUCUCGUCUGUCUUUGGCACUUGAGGAUCUCCCUCUCACUCCUUUUGGAAUGAAGGGCCUGAAAGCAAAGACAAACAUCACAGAUCAGCCUCAUGGUCAGACAAAGUCUUCAAAGUUGCGGCUGCCAUCUGCGAUGCAAGAGAUUGCUGCUGGUCCAUUGCUGCCAAAAAGAACCAAUGGUAAAGAAAAUGAAUUUGCAUCAAAAAUCAACCAUGCAAAUAUUACAGCAGCAGGCACAAUUAGGAAUAAACUUCUCGAGUCUCGGAAGCCUCUCUCUUCUAUGAACUUGUGCCUCAAGAUGCCAGCUCUUGAGGAAGAAAAUCAAUGUAACCUUGUAUCAGCAAAGAAAAAAGAUGACAAGCCAUUGAGUCCUGGUUGUGAAAGCACACCUAUCAAUGCCAGAGAUGUUUCUAUUGACACUACACCUGCAAAAGCUAACCAUGAGAGAUCUGUAAAAUCAAAUGAAAACCCAACACAUAAAAUAAAAACUUUGGGUCAACACAAUGUUUACAAAACUGCAGACAUUAGAAAUUGCAGGAAGCGAGAGAGUGUCAUGACUGAUAUUGAUGAGGGUAGUUUCAUUGAGUUCACCAGUGAAGUGCCUGAUGGUAGAAUUAUCCCUCACAUUGAUUCUGUUGUUAAUUUAAGGAAUAAUCUAUACUUCACUUGCCCAGAUUUUAUAAAUGAGACUGAGUAUUCAACUUCCAGCAAAUGCCCAACAGCAAGAUUUGGCUUUCAUGCAAUGGUUGCAGCCAUCAAAAAACAAGAUCUUCAACCACAAAUUAGUGAAGAAGCUGUGUUUACUACUUCCUCAAUGACUCCUCGUCAGGGAACUCCUCAAAGAAUUCCUAAUUUGCCGACCAAUCCUGUACCAGUGUCAAAGGUGACCAAAAUACUUCCAGUAAUGUUCAACAGUACAAUGGUUGAUGGUAAAGGUCGUGAAGCUAUUCCAUUCUCAUUUCCAGAUAUCUCGAGUCUCACACUUAUUGAUGCACAGGACUCACUGGUUGCAAAAAUAAACAGUGGCAUGACCAGUGAAGUUCCUAGCAAUGUAGAAGCAUUGCCUUCUUCAUCAGAGCUUCGUGUUGCAAGGAAUGUUCCUGUUCAUAGGAAGGAUGACGCCUUAACCACCAGUGCGGAUCAUGGUUCAGUCGCCAGGAAGGAUUCGGGUUCCACAACGAGUGAUGAAAACGUUCCUGACACUAGAGAGAGCAAAAUUGCUUUCACGAGACUGGAUGAUAUUCAUCAGACUAGAGGAAACGAAAUUUCUGCUACGACAGAUGGUGACGUUCAUACCACUAGAAACGAUGACGUUCCUGCCACCAGUGAUGACGACGUUCCUGCCACCAGCGAUGAUGCAGAUUCGGCAACUAGCGUAGAUGUACCUCUGGCUUUGACUGUAUCACAUGGCCACAAAUCAGUGAAAGGCGAUAAGAAUGAGAAGGCAGUGAAACACAGCAGAUGUAUACCAAUACUAACUGAUGAGCGUCAUGGGCAAGCAAAAAGUUUCAGCAAUAUGAUGGCAAACAAGUGUGAUGCGUUGUUUAACUCAACGAAACCCACGGGCGCUCUACCUGUCCAACAAAAGCCAUUUUCAAACAGUCCAAGUUCGUCGUCUGUGACCAAAUUGUCUGGCUGGCCGCGUCCUGUAGUGAGCAACAUCCAUCAAGGGGCUUCUAAUAAUAAAACUAAGCUGCCUCAUGAAAUUUUUUUGUCUAAACCUGGCCCUAGCACUCCAUUGCACGUGUGUUCUAAAGGAGUUCAUAUUGGAAGUUCACACAGAACACCUCUUCAGGAUGCGGCUGGCAAGCUCACUUCGCCUGCAGUCUCUACCGCACGAAAAAAUCUUGCUGCUAAUGCUUUGAUACAGCCUAAAGUGCCGAAUAAAAUUGCAACACAUGGGCAAAAAGUUGAUGCAGUAGACUCUAUUCCUGUUUCUUUAGCGCCUUCCAGUUCAGUGUGCAAUUGGGUCUUGAAUAGCCCCUUUAAAGAUAGUUCAUUUGGAACGAGCUUCGUGAUGCCUUCCGGGCGCAGCGGCGUAGGCACGAAUUAUGUUGAGGAAAGUGAUAGCGAGUUGAAUAACAGCUCCAGCGCUGAUGACAGCAAUUCCCGUGUUGAAUUGUUCACUGAAAAAACGAAAAAAGUUGUUGAAUUUAAUAACAGAUCCUCUGACGAAGACGACGAAAAAACGUCUGCUGAUGAUCCAGCAACCAAGCCCGCCACAAAUGUGAAUCCUUCUUUAGAUUCUGAGAAACUAAUUGAGGAGAGUUUGAACAUGGAAUCGUUGAAGUUGAGGUUAGAGGGCUCUGCCCGCUCGAAUGGAACUGCUUUUACGCUGGGACGUAUCGCUGAAUCGGGCAAAAUGGCUGCUUCCUCUAAGAAUGAAAUAAAAGUGCCCAGUAACGUUAAAACCCCGAGAAAUGUGCAUUUGAAUUUAGCUCACAAUUUUUUCGUCACAGAGAGAAGGAAAAAAAAGAAAACCGUUCAAACCGAGAGUUCAGAACGACCAAGUAACACGAUUAAUGACGAAAUGGAUAAAUGUGAAACGGUCAAAAAUGAAAAACGCGAAAUAGCGAGCAAAACUGCCUCUGCCUCUUUGAAAAAGGUAGUUGUAUCAUCAACGGAUUCGAGUGAUUCUGAUGAGCUGAAUGAGUACAUGAAGAAAUGGAGAAAUGAUCGAAAGAAGGUUAAUAAAGCGGCAGACGAGAGCCUGUCAGCUUUUAUUACAGACGAUGAUAGUGACGGGGACGUAAUUGCGUAUAAUUUGCCUCCUCUCAGUGAACGAAUUACGACUCGUGCGCCCUUCAUUAAUCGUAGAGAAUAUGCUACGAGUGUCAGUGAAUUUUUGAGCGGCAAUCCCAACGAUUCGAAAACGCCAGCCGGAAGGAUCGAAGUAAGGAGAGCUCCCGCAGAACAGAUAUAUAAUUUGUCAGACAGCGAUUCUUCGACUCCACCUUGCGCACGAAACUUCAAGACAAGGGAUGUUAGCGUUAUUGUUUUGUCUGACUCUGAUGACAGCGACAAUGAAUUGAACCACAUUGAGAAACCGAAUACUUUCAGAACUCCGAAGCCUCCACAUUCAAAAACGAAUACUUUCAUUACUACUCCGAAACCUCCGCAUUCAAAACCGAAUACUUUCAUAACUCCGAAGCUUCCGCAUUCGAUGCCGAAUAAUUCUUUCAAGACUCCGACAACACCGUCCCGGAGCAAGGAGAAUUCCAAGCACCCUAAGUCCCAUGUUCUAAAAAAAUUCGCGAACGCUGAGCACGGAAGUCACACGUUAUCAUUCCUGGCAUCAUUAUCGGCCGACUCAAAUACUACGAGGUGUCAUCCAGAUGCUCUUGUUUACAUGAAAAAUUUUAACAAAAACCGACAAGAACUGACCGAACGACUUUACAAGUUGUUUAACAGCAAAAUUUUCGAGAAUAAAUUGCCUGAUAGUAUGGCUAUCACCUGGAAUACCAGGAUGACGAAAACCGCUGGCUUUUGUUACUACAAAGUUGAUCGCUCGAAGGCGAGCGGUCGCAACGCAAGAGUUGAGCUCUCGACUAAAGUAGUGGACAGCCCGGCGAGACUGAGAGACACUCUGGUGCAUGAGCUCUGCCAUGCUGCUGCAUGGCUCGUGUCUGGGUACCACGGUGGACACGGGCCCGUGUGGCAAGCUUGGGCGAGUAGAGCCACUCGCGUGUUCCCCGAGUUGCCAAGCAUCGCUCGGUGCCACAACUACGAGAUUGCCUGCAAGUACCAGUACCAGUGCACCAAGUGUGGUUACAGUAUUGGACGGCAUUCGAAGAGUCUUGACACGGAACGUAAAGUGUGCGGCCGUUGCCUUGGACGCUUCGAGUUGCUCGCUACGUCCGCCAGGAAGCCGACGUCUGCGACCACGGGGAGCCAGCCAGCCGCGCUCAGGACGCCCAGAACGCCCGGGCCUUUUGCUAUUUUCGUCAAGGAAAAUUACGGCAGCGUUAAGAAGAAUUCUCAGGACCUAAAACAUGCUGAUGUUAUGAGAAUAUUAGGAGAGAAGUUCAAAGAGAUGAAAACGGUUUAAAGUUGCGACUAAAUCCCUGCAAAAAUAGGCUUUAUUAGUUAUGUUGUUUUAGGCCCCUUGUGAAUGAGUGCUAUUUUCCUGGGUUUCCUCUUGAGAUGUCAGUAUCUACAACUGUUUACACUCUAGCGGCACUUCGCUUCAAGUUUUAUAGGUUUCGCGCUUGGCUUCCAGCGCUUGUGUCUGAUGGCAGUGUCAGUUAUCUAAUGUCUGAUAGAUCAAACUUAAUUUGUAUUCAAUUUGUAUCAUAUCUUCUUCGCAUUGGAACAUAACAAGUACUCGUAGAUUUUGCCUCACCUCAAGUUAAUUACUCAUAGUAUAUUUAUUUCUCCUAGACUUUCGUAAAUCGUAUAUCUUUAAAUUUCGUCUAUUUUAAAAACUUUGUCAUUUCAAAGUUUUUGAAUUAUCGCUCUUCUGAUUGGAUUAACGCGUCAAAUCUUUCUAAUGCUUGUUCACAAGCAAGUCGCUCAGGUGGCUUCAGGAAAUGACUAGUUUUUUUUUUUUAUUUCCUGGUAGCGUGUGUCAAUGUUUUUACUCGCUGACUUAUUUUUAAGCGUUCUUCACAGUAGAAGUUAUUGUAAAAUUUCACCGCUGAGUGAACCAAGCUGCGGAGGUACGAAUUUACUGAUAUUGACCGCUGAUAUUCAAUUGAUGCAGCAGAAGCAAGGGCCCUGCGCACAGGAGUCCUAAUAAUUCCAAUAAUGUUAGUGCAAGUGUCGCGUAUGUAGUUUUUUUAAUAUAAUUUUUUUUUCCCGUUUCA